CAUUGGUUCUUGUCUCGAAUGACGCAUUCAAUGACGUUGCGAGCGAUGAUUGGACGGUGUUGAACAGCCUGGAGCGAUUCCACACGAUGAGUAAAUGUAGAGAGAACAACAGAGGUUAGGGGGAAAAAAAAGGGAGUGAGCAUUACAACCACGGAAUCUGAGAAUAGGUAAUUACUGGAAAGGGGACAAACCGAUAUGGAAAUGAAGUGGAAACAUGGGAUUUGGACGACUGCUGGAGUGAACAAUGUAAACAAGUGUGUGGACUGAUUGGCCUUUUGAAGUUACCAUGUGCUGAGAGGUUUAAUUCUACGGAUAAGGUCAAGAUGACUAAAUAUUUUGUUUUCUGAAGAUACAUUGAAAACUGCAGUAGUCGAUUGAGCCCCUGCAGCCUGCUUUGACACACAAUCAGGUGCAUCAAGUACAUUGGAAUAUUAAAGCAUUUAUUGGCACAAAGAACAGCUGUAAUGGAAGAUAAUGUAAAAUUUCAUGAAGUAUAAUUUUGUGACAAAUUGGUUUUACCAAUUCUGCGUUGUGGUUGGAUCAACGAUUGAGCAUCAGCUUUUAUCUGCAUAAAGAAUUGAGUCAGAUUUUUUUGGAUUAUAUUUGAAGACCAAAACCUGAUCAUUGAGGCUUUUAAGUUUCAGAAUUCCAGCAUACUUGUGCCCCUUUCAAAUCUGGAAAAUGCCGAUCCUGAAACAGCUUGUGGCAAGCUCCAAUCAGUCCAAACGGCGCUCUCGCAUAGACUUGACUGCAGAUAUGAUCAGUGCUCCUCUUGGUGAUUUCAGGCACACGAUGCAUGUAGGUCGUGGGGGUGACGUCUUUGGAGACACUUCAUUCCUUUCUAGUAAGUUUGGAGCUGCAGCUGCUACUGCUCCUGCUGAAACAACACCCAAGCCAGGGCUUCUGUCUCGGAAAUUCAGAAGCAGCAGCAAACGGUCUCAGUCAGUAACACGUGUUGAUAAGCGAGACACGUUGACACAGAGUGAUUCAGCAAUAUUUGUGAAAAAUGCAGUGUCUCUGCCUCAACUCAAUGAUAAGACUGUGGAGCCAACUAAUCAGAUGGCAAAGAGCCUUUCAUCAAGUCCAAUAAAAAAGCUUGCAAGUGAACAAAUGGAAGAUGUACCUGUCAAUGGGGCUGCCAGCACUGUUGAAAGUAAAUGUACAGAAUAUCAAGAUGAGCGAGAUUUUGGAGAUAUUACAGAUCUUCCUACUUCUCUUUCCAGUGGUGGCUUUCCACUAAAGCAUGCUGAAUCCAUCAUGUCCUUUCAUGUUGAUCUUGGUCCUUCAAUGCUUGGUGAAAUUUUAAGUGUUAUGGAAAAAGAUACUUGGGAAAGUGCUGAUCUUGGUUUUGGCGAUGACAAACAAGGACCGUUUUCUAAUUCACAAAAUGUGGCCAAAGAGAAGUUUGUAGAGGAACCUGCAGUAUCAGCAAUGGCCGUGCAAAAUAACAUUAAUAGUGUUGUGUACAGCACAGCAUCUGGGAGCCACUUAUCACAAGAUAGUGGCUCCAUGUCCAGUUUGGCAUCUGGGACUACAGAAGAGAGGCGGUCAGUUUAUGAGGGAGUUAGUCAUGGAGAUGUAGACAGUAUGAAAAAUGUAGCUGAAUCCAGAGAUGCCUUCAAAGAGGAAUCUAUGCAUGAAGGAGAUGAGGAUUUUACCUUCAUGGAUGAAGAGGAUGAAAUCCGUGUGUAGAAUUGGCCUAUUUGGAUUGGCAUAUUUGCUUUUUUAUUAAGGAUUUGGAGAACAGGAUGACUAUCUGUCCUAGAAUUUACAGCAUUAAUGAAUUAUGGCAGGAUUGCACUAGACUCUUACACCACAGACUCAAAAUAUAUUCUGUAAUAAAGGCUGUAACCAAAAUUCUUUAAUCCACAUAGGCCAGCAACAUCUGCAACUACUCAUGGUGGCUCACUGCUUAUGUUUUAUUCAACCAGAAUUAACCAUAUAUUAUGCACAUUCCUAAACGGUGCAAAUGCUAUGUUUGUGCUACCUUUUUAUAUGGUACCAAUCUCAUUUUAAUAUUUGACAAUUCACUGCGACCCAAAGGACUCUCCUUAGAAAAGUGGCUUGUCUGCUUCCUAUAUCACUACUCGGCCUUAGUUGGAAUCUCUGGUUUAAGGUGCUCCAUUCCUUCGGUCACCUUCCUUCCUCCUCUAUCCUCCCUGGGGUGCUGCUGUUUAGGAUUUUGGUUUGGAAAAUUCAAACAUAAUUUUUCUGUGUAAUUCAUGUAGUUGCUGUGAUGCUUUCAACCUUUACCUGAGUGAGCUGGGUUUCACCAACUAUUCGGGUGCUAAAUUAUUUUCUCACAUGAAUAGCAGUUAAUUUUCGCUUCACUAUUUCUGUAACAUUCUGCAAGGAAGUGUGGAAUAUCUGAACUUGUUAAUAUUGUGCUAAUCCUGAACAUUAAAAUAAACUGUACAUUGCUCACUGUGGAACACUAAUACACAUUAUGCUUCCUAAAUGUUCAUAUAUUUAAAUGAAAUGUAGUUAUGACCAUAGCACAAUGUCUUUGAUACAUAAUCUAGAAUUGAUGUGUUUCUAUCUGUCACUGAAAUCUGCCAUCCGUAGUUAUCACCUGUUAAUCCACUUUCACUUCAUUUAAUUAGGGGCUGAUUUUGAAAUGACCUCAAUAUAGCACAUGUGACAAUGUUACAGGGAUAAGCAUUACUGCAAAUCCAACAAGUGUCAUGUCCCUAAAUUACCAGAGUAAUUAUACUUCAAAAGUAUUUAGUUGGCUGCAAAGCAAUUUGGGGCAUUUUGAAGUCAUGGAAAGUGCUACCCAAAUUCAAGUUCAUGACAGUGGGAGCCAGGUUCUGUAGCAUUUUCCAACUACAUUUAAACUAUGCCGUCUUUCUAAGUUUUAACUGAUUUUUCCAUUACAAAUUUUUGUUACAAGUCUACAGUUGCCAUCUUUUCCCCUGCAACACCCCCCAAAAAGGGAAAUAACUUUUUCAAGCCACAUUGCAUGUAUUUCAUAUGUAAGUAUUCCAUAAGCAUAGUAUAUUUGAAGGAGGGGUACAGUCCAGUCUCGAGUCACAGAACAGCCACUCAGCCAACCGGCUGAUUCUGAAACUUAACAUCUGAGGUUUAGAGAGAGAGAAUUUGUAACCCCCUUUUUUGCUGAAGCACACACUUCCAAUAAGGCUUUAACUUGUCUUUGCAAGACAAGUGUGCCAAUUAGGAUUGUAUGGGCAUGCCUGCUACUUGCUUCAGCUCAGUAUCCUGUGAACAAAAAAAUGUAUCCUCCUUAAAGAUUUUUAUGAAGGGUGCUUGUACUGCUCCAUAUAUGCAUAGAAUAAAAUCAUACUGCUUGGGAAACUUUGAAAAUUAAGCAAUGCCUUGAUUUAUUGUGCAUUCUUAAUUGCAUGAUGAAUCUUUUCAUAUUCAGCCUUUGAUUCUGACAUUGUAAUAUAAAAAUAAUUCUUGGUUACAUUAUUUUGAGACUUUCCACUAUUAACGUAAAAGCUUAAGGUCCAAUAUGCAACAGAUAAUUAAUAAUACACCCAUUGCAUUACAUCUAUAAAUGCAUGUUUUGGAAUGAAAACCACAUGCAAAAUCGCAGUGACAGUAGUAACAAUCCUGCAAUGCAAAAGUAAAGCAGGUUUUCUCCUAAGACCCUUUUAUUCAACUGACUGUCAGUUUAAAAUACUUGAAAUUAAAGCAACCCCUCUGCAGAAAAGGAAACUAAUAAAGAAUAAUUUCAAAUUGUCCCAUUCUAAUAACCUAGUCAUAUUUUGCACCAACACCUUUAUGAACACACUGGAGCUUUUCUUUUGCCCCUUUGUCCCCUCCGAGUGAAAGCAUUUGAAAAUUGGAAGGCAACACUUCACAUUUUGAAACAUCCAGGCAUCUUGUUAAACAUGUACAAACUGGGUCCUAUGAUGCACAAUUUUGAGCUUCCACUGGCAUGGUGCAGCACUGCACCUCAAGCAGCUUAACUGGCAAUGUCCACAGUAUCUGCUGGAAACUGCUUACGAAGACAUUGGGUAUGUUGCUUUUAACAAUUUUAUGCCUUUAUUAGAAGUGUGUUAAUGCUUCCGGCCCACAAUCAUCCCACUUAAUCCUGCUGCUUGUACUUUCUUAGCACCACCAUUCCACUUUAUUAUGUGUCUCACUGGUGCAGCUCCUUGUGCCAUUUGCUGGAAAUGGUUUAGGCCAGUUACCUAGUAAUGAAUUACCAAGAAGGCAGCCCAAUCGUAACGCACAACUUUUACCUAUUUUCCAUCUAGAAUGCAAAUUAGCAUUUUUGUUGAAUAAUAAGCCACUAAAUUGCUAAUUUAAAUGCAAUGGACUAUUAAGGAGCAAUAAAGUGUUCAUGAAGGAGCAUGUUAUGGAAUUACACAAAUUUUUUGAUAGAUGACAUCCAGUUUCCUAACCAUAUUUGUGGUGGUGGAUGAUUUGGCCUCAUUCACCAUAGACCAUGCUAGUAACUAAACUUUCUUUUUGUUGAUGCAAAGUUUAAGUUCUUGCUUCAGUGUACAAUUAAAUGUUUUGAUAUCCUUAAAUGAUUUCAAUCUUUUAUUGCCUUGUUUUCUUAAUUUUCUAGUGCAGUAUUAAUUUAAAAAGCACCCCAGAGUUGAAUACUUUUCAAAAGGUAAGAAUCAGUAGUGCCUUGUGAUAUUAAGUUUUCUUUUCCAAUCUUUCAUAUUACAGAUCAAUACAGUAUGGAUAAAGAACAAUUUUCUUUGAUCCUUUUUAAAAUUGGACAAAGAAUUGCAUUUUUCAGGAAUGUCUUCCUGUUGCUGAUGUUGCACAAUGUGUUGCUUUAUAGCCUAAAUUUUUUUGUUUGAAUAUUUAAUCUAUUAUGUGGUGAUUGGUCAUGGUUCCUACCAUGAAUGCUGGAAUAUGAGGCAAGUUGCCAUAAAACACUUUCUCUUUUGUGCAGGACAGUAUUUUUCUUCAACAUUGUAAUCCAUGUACAUCUUCGUGCUACUUAAAUGUUUUGAGUGUUAUUGUGAAAUAUUGGUCUAGUCUAAGAGUGCUUCUGUUCAGCGUGUUGAACACUGCUCAUGUUCAGGAUGACAGCUGUGCGCACAGUCCAGUGCACUGCAUUAAUGGCAUGUUUAAUAGGAAAUGUGAAAGCUAAUACUCCCUUAUUUUGGGGAGUUGUUCACAUGUUGAUGUAAGUGUUUUCUAGACAAGACUUGAGGUGAGAUUAGAGGACAGUGCUGUACGUUAUGUAUGUAAUAUAGCUUCAACACUAAAUUAAUUCCCAUGUGUUUUAUCAAGAGAAAUCAUUGUAAAUAAGUUUCUAUCCCAUGAUGUAAGCUGCAGAACAUAUUAAGUGAAGUAUUUUUUAAAAAAAAACCUUCAAAAUUGGCUUGCUGAAUGGAGGUAGGUUAGUUGAAAGAAACUUACCAGGGCAUCCCAGCAGAAAAUUGCAACAAAAUAUUUUUCUUCAUCUUGUGUAGAACUAUCUCUGACCUAACUUCAAUUGACGGCCAUUGUUGAAAUCAAAGAAAACCUGCAAAAGGUGAAGGUUUGAAAUAAAAUGUUAGAAACAUUGAGCAAAUUGGUAUCUUUGGGUGAUGUAAUGUACUGUAAUGUAGUGCAUGGUUAAAGGACAUUUGAACCCUUGUUUCAUUUCAUUUGUGUUCUUUCGCACUAACUGCAGUACUUGUAGGUAUAGUCGCUGCUGAUACAGAAAACCACUGAGAACGUGGGAUAGGUGUUUUUCUGUAAAUUGAACUGAUGUGGAUAAUCUGGAGGUGGGAGAAUUGAGCAGAAACUUAAAUAUUCAAAAAACAAACUAAAAGUUCCCUGUUUAAACUAGUCCUUGAAUGUAAUGCGCAAAGAAAUAAAUUGAAACUUACCACUAAAGUGAUUUUGUUUGCACAUGACCUAUUUUGCUAGGAAUCUUUUAAUAAAUCCAAUUGUGCCAAAUAUUUAAAGAAUUUGUGUUACUAAAAUAUACUCCAGCUGUGAAGUGCUCUCUUCUCUGCUUUUCCUAAACACAUUUAACCACAGAGGUACUACAUUUUGUGUAUAGGUAUUGGGUUCACUUUUUAUUGUGUAAUUUUUUUAAUGAAAAGAAUGAAAUAAACUGACAAGUCUUACUUUAAUGUUCUAUUUUUGAAUUUAUAAGUACUAAAACCUAUUUGGUACUAUCACUGAUUUCACUGACAACCUAUUAUUUUAAAAUGCUUUGUCAUAUCAGUAGUAAACAAUAAUAGUUUAUUGUUUUUUUGGGGGGAUUGAUUAAUAAACUGUAUGCAGACAA